AUGGCUCUGACCAGAGAGUACUUCACCAAGGAGCUGAAGAGACAUUAUCAGGGCUACAACAACACUGACGUCUUCACCUCCACAUGGAAUGCCAUCAUGACUACAUUUGAAUGCUGUGGGGUGAACAGCCCAGAGGAUUUUAAGGACAGCCUGUUCAGGCUAAUCAACCAAAAUCAUAUGGUGCCAGAAGCCUGCUGCCAGCAUGCCAGUCAGACCAGGGAGUUGGCCUAUAUCACCCAGGAGCAGUGCUUAUCAGGCAGUAUGAUGUUCCGCAAUAACAAGGGCUGUUACUCUGCAGUAGUUGACUACUUUGAACUGUACAUCUAUGUGGCUGGAGCGCUGGCCAUCGUGGUUCUGACCAUUGAGCUCUUUGCCAUGGUCUUUGCAAUGUGUCUCUUCAGGGGAAUCCAGUAGAGCGGCUCUAUCUGUGAACUUCUUUUUCAAAAAAGGGAAUUAAGGAGAAAAGAACAAAAAGGACACUUGUAAAUUUGUUGAUCUCUUUUUCUAUUGGCUAAUUGGUAGAGAAAACAAACUCCUGUACUUCACAGCUGGACUUUUGAGGUACUGGGUGGCAAAAAAACACAUACAUAUGCAUUAACACAUACACAUAAACCACUGAUAAAGUGGGAGAUCAGAGACAAAACUGAUGUAAAACGAUUUGUGUGUAAAGUGGAAACAGUCAUUUUUUUGGACCAGGUCUAGCACAGACUGGGAGUAAAGUGGACCAGGCAUGAGGACCAGGUGAAGCCUGAGCAGAAGGCACUGCACUGACUUUUGGAUGAAGAAUAUUUAUAUUAAGUAAAGUUGGCUUAACUGUUAAAAAUGUUUUGAUGUACACUUUGCUGUUAACCCUGUUCCCUUUCAUAUUGUAUACUGUAACACACUCCCUCCCCUAUAUGCCUUUUUACAGCCAUUCUUCUUUAAUGCUGUUAUAUAAGCUUUGUGUGUGUGUGUGCGUGUGUGUGCGUGCGUGCGUGCGUGCGUGCGUGUACAUACUGGAUGCUCUUUUUGAAUGUGUAUGAACUAGUUUGUGAGCAUGUGAGCUCAUGGCUCUUCAUGACCCCCUCCCAAGCUUGAAAGCCAACCUCGGAUUCUUUUUCUAUUUGUAUGGUGAUGUUUAUUGCAGUAGUGGUUGUAGGUGGUGAAAUGUAUGUGUAUGCAUUUGUAUUAGAUUCUGUCAAUGACAUAAAUGGCAUUCUAAAUGAC